UCACAUGUUUUUGUAGCACGAGAUGGACUCGAGGGCGGGCAGCCACGUGCUGCGGUCGUUGGGAUCUGCAUUGCCCACCGCCACUGAUGCUGCUGACGUGCACGUGAAGUCCGUGAAGCGGAAGUCUUCGGGCGCCAUAAGCGUGAUCGAGCCCCACUGAGGGACGACAUACAUGCAGUGAAUCCUGCUCUGUUUUCGUUCUGCACACGUUGUUACCUUUCUGCCUUGUGCCGCUGGGUCAGUGGAGGUCGUCACGCCGGUUUCCUGAAUGGGCUUGAAAUACACCUGUACCUUCCCCACCGCCCCCGGUCGGAACGUGUCAAUGGGACUGACGGACGCCUCCGAAGAAGACAUCUUGCCGAGGACGGGGACAUUUUUGGAGAAGCGCAUGUCGUUGUCGUCUGCCUUGAAAAGCGUCUUGGCGCUCUCAACCAGGGCAGAAGGUGUGCCGUCCUGGUUGGACAGGCCCUGUGCAGAGAGCCAUGGAAGGUCAAGAGUAUGUUCGCUUGUCGGCACUCGUGCAUUUGUUUGUAUUACCGACGCGACAAAGACCUUCCACACAUUGUUAGGAUCCGAUGCCUUGAUAUACGUGUCGGGAUUCUGCACAAUGACCUUCAACAGCAAAGUGCUGCCUGGAACAGGGGAGACAGUAUGCAAACGACGCAUCCCGCCAGUCUGCCCUUCUUAUCAGCUCACCAGCGGGGAUCAUCUGCCCUUCAGCCAGCUUGACGGCACAAACGCUCUCCGUGUAUGGCGGGUUCGGUGGUGCCUCCCACGAUCCCUCGAGCAUGCUGUACUGGGUCGGCUCUGUAUAAAUGUCGCCAGCAAGGCUACUGUAUUUGAGAAGGUGCACGGGCUCGGCUGGCGUGUCGGUCACCUGCACACACGCAGGCCCAAUACGGGCGCAAUCGCGUGUCUCGCAAGGCCCAUUGGCGUCACCCUCACCUUCACAGGGUCGCCCGUCACGCGCUCGAAGUAAUGUCGAUCGUUGCCGACACCCCAGUCGGGCAGGGCGAUGAAGAGAUACGAAUAAUAGGUGGUAGGAUUGAUGCUGCCGUACAGAGCAGUGCCUGCGCGAAUCGAACAAGACGGGCGUGUAUUAUAUGCGCCUUUCUCCUAUUCUCUCGAUUCAGGCAGCGUGUCCCACCCAUUUUGACUUUGACGAAUAGGGUGUUUGUCUGAUCUGCAUAGCGCUUCCCAUUGUUGCCAUCCGUCCAUCGAUAAGUGGCUAUAGUCGCCAGCGGCCCAUCCCUCUUCCACUGCACGCGAUCCGAUUUUUCCAUGUCGACCCCGUACCACCGCGCCUUGUUGUUGGCAAUGUCGUCACCUUCCACAAGCUGACAAAUGCAGAACAGAUACACUGAAUGUUGUGCUGUCCGUGAUUGUCGUUCACAGCUGUACCAAGGCGCCAUAGAAUGGGAUGAGGGGCUGAAAGCCAUAGUGGCCCUCGCUGCGGCGGUUCACUGUCACGGAGAUAGUCACGCUUCCGCCUGUGAAGCCGCCGCUUCUUGUCGCUUUCAUCUUGAGAGUCUGCCUGUAUUCGCUUUCUGGGCCGCUGCUCAUGUAGAAGAAAUCCACGUAAGAGCAGGCGAAGUCGGCUCCACAGUCUGGAUCGCCCUGCAGGUCCCAGAAGGUCAGUGGAUACAGGAACACGUACAGCGCCUGCAAGCGCACGAGACACACCAGGGCUGCUGGCCGUUAGCUAAGCAAAGUCCCUUGCCUACGUCUCCCUCUUGGAUUCUGGUGAUUUUGAUGUGAAUGUGCAGCGGACAGCCAGUCGUGUCGUCACAUUGCACCUGCCAGCCCAUAACUCCAGGUAUUUUGAUCAUUGCCGACGCUGCGUCGAAUAUUUACGAUGGAGACAGUUGAGUCUGGUGUGGCGUCGCUCGCGUCUAGAUUGGCCAACGGGGCGGCAUCGGUGAGUCCACUUGGGUCGGAACCUGCGUCUUGAUUCACAGUCGCGACACUGUAGGCAUCUGAGUGCACACACACACACGAGCAAUGAGGCCUGGACGGAAUUUGUUUUUUCUCUUUUCUCGGGUCACAUGUCGAUGAUGUCUGCUUUGUGUGGUCGUAUGUGAGCGCCUUGCUCUCGAUGAUGCCGAGUGAGGGGUCAGCGAGAUCGCUUAGAGUGGCUAUCUCCACUGAGAUGUAGCUGAAACACACACACGGACAGACAGACAGACAGACAGACUGCCACCUUGCAGGUCAGGCAGAAUCCUUCCUUACUCGUCCGCCACAAGAGAGUUGGCCUCGAUGGCUGCCUUCAUGACCACCCAAUAUUUGACCCCUGACUUUAUGGCCGCUGUCUGACAGCCAUGGAGAGGGUAGCAACACAUACAGAAGAGGAGUGUUCCCACACAUUCGUUUCCGCUCACCUUCGACAGUUCCAUGAUCACAUCCACUGUCUUGGAGGGGCCACUGCCAAGUGUGUUUCCUGCAGACUCCACCCUGCACUCAUCAGACAGGAAAGUGAAGGCCAAUCAAGACUAUGCAUCACAGCGCUGACCAACAUCUCGCUGGAAGCGGGAAGCCGUCCCCGUCGGCCGUCCACAUCUCGUAGAAGACUUUGCCACAGUUCGCUUGUGCUGCGUUCAUGGUGCCUCUGAGAUUUGCCACGUCCGUAUAGGGGGUGGCGUCGCCGCUGCUCCAAGGGUUUGUCAAGACCGGGAAGAACUUAUCCGAGGAUGGGAAGCGCACGCGGACCCUGGAGACACCAACACACAGAAAGAUGGAUGCGACAGCCGACCAUACACACCCAUCUUCCCCGGUGUCCAGCCAGUGGUCGGUCCACAGCUUCCUCUUGCCUGAAUGACUUGCCCAUCUGGUGUGUCUUGUAAAUGUACGCCGUCGAUUUCAUGCCGUCGCCCAGCUUGACGUCGUCGCUCUCAGACCCAGAAGGCGUGAAUGACAGCACCAGAGGGCCCGCUUUGCCCUUUUCAGGUGUACCGAAAAACAUGGUCGGUGCCGUGUCGAAUGCUCGUGGGCCCGUGACGCGGAGCGUUGCCCACUUGUGCCACUUGUUGUCGUUUGCAGUGGAGUCGCCGGUCCAGCAGAUAGACAGCUCAGUUGAAAUGGCGUCCGUGUAGAUAAAAGCGUACAUUUCGGCACUCGCUGCCUGGAUCUGGUGCUGUGUGGGGUCCCACGUCGGACGGUUGACGUCGGCAUAGAUACUCGGGAAGGCAUCAUAAGUCUGUAUGUCGAUCUCAGCAGCGCCGCCGCUCACGUCCCUUGGGCCGCCGACGACCUUGUAGAAGGUCCGACCUAGAACUGUCUCCGUGGUCUUCGUGGGCGAUGUCGACCAUGUGCGAAAUAGCUCGUCAGGUGUGUAAGUCGCCUCACUCGUUAUCGUGGCGGGCGAGCCAGACUGCAGCGACUUUGCAAACGACACGAAGCCUCCCGUCUCGAUGCCUCCUGCCUCCAGUGUCUCCUUAGUUGCGGGAAGACUGAGUGUCACUUCGGAGCCGUUGUGGGAGACAUAGGUGGCGGGCAGUGGUGGACCAAGGACGUCUUCACUUGUGAGGGUCCCGGCUGAUGAGCCCUCUGGGUAGGAGUACACAAGACCUGAUGCUGUCAUGUCUGCCAUGCAGCUGGAGCCCUCGACAAUCCUCAACCUAAUCAAGGAAUGAGACACAGUCACAGCUUGGUGCACCGGGGCGUGUUUGCUGCCUCACUUGUGGCCUGAGUUUCCCCCGAGUCCGUAUCCCCUCAGAAUAACUGAAAACGGCUCGUUGGCUGCCGCCUCGUAGAAGUAGUUCCCAUCUUCCUUUGGGAGGCCUUCUUUGCUGGGGCCUUCAACAACCAUAAUGCCGGCCGAGGCCUUGAAGUGCUCGUCGGCAGUGCAGUCGUCGCGGUUAGUCUCCUUCUGUGCAUCAAUGCAUGCUGUAUUGAUGCACAUCUUCACUAAAACACGAGAAAAGAAGGCAGUGACCAGCUAGAUGUAUGACAGGGCUUCUCCUUUUGGUGUGGUUGUGCUCACAAGGGCAGUAGCACAGCUCAUACACUCCAGGGUCCAGGUCGGCCGUGUCCACGUCAAAGACAAGCUUCCCCGUGUCUUCUCUGAUGGUGAAUUCGAAGCUAUUGCUGGCUUUGGACACGCCCUCUUCGCCACAGGAUGUGGCCCAUGGUGACUGACUCAUGAGGCCGUCGUUCCUGACCCCGAUGAGCAAGUCGUUCUCGGCGAUGCCGACGGCGAGCAAUUUGGUGUGGUCGAUCGACGAGGGAGUCGACGCCGUUGUCCACUCUUCUUGGGUGAUCUGCAAGGGGACAAAUGGAGGGUGCUUAUGUCUCACUGUCUCAGUACAUGUCUCGCACUCUGCUCACGGUGCAGGUUGAGGAUUUGUCCAUCUUCUUGCAGGCCAUAAAAUUCUCGCGUGACGGUCCAUAAACAGUGAAGAUGUGGCUGGCAGCCAGAGUUGGGGUCUCUGUGUCGUUGUCACCGUGGAUCAUAUCAAAGUCACUCGCUGGCUGAACACCAUUCCUGACACGAAAGCCCCCUGAUGGCAUAGUGUCACUCAUCUUGUCUCGCGCACCAGCAGAGCACGUGUCUGCCGCUGUUGCCGUAUUCGACUGUCACGUCCUUAGGAAAUGGGUCGAACAGAUACCCAAUGCUCUCGCUGAACAGACAAGGAUACGCAGGCAUCGCCAAGAUCUUGCUGGCAGACAUCAGACGUGCGUUUGCACUCACAUCUGCGGAGGAUUGCCGCUGCCCACGUUUGGCGUCGGUGUGGCGGUAUUGGCAUACUUUGUCGAGCUGGAGCAAACGAAAGAUAAUAGUCACUGUACGACGAUCGGCGCCAUUCUCUCACGGUUUCACUUACUGUGUGUCUGACGCGCCGCAAUUCAGCUCGUGGUAAACGAUUUUUGACGCAUCACCGUCGUACUCCCAAAUGUUCCGCCUCACCACACUGAUGACCUUCCCUCUGACAGACUCGUCUGUAUGGCCAGGGAAGUCGGCCGCGUCGAUAGUGAUGCUGCACCGGGACCCCGGGUAGCACACAACGCCUCCAGUGGCGAUCCUAGGACCGGGGACCAGCAGAGUGCCUGAAGGAUGUAUAUGCAUGCAAGCCACAAUACAUCACCAAUCGAAAUGGUGCGUGCUGCACAUGGAAGCGGCGCACCUGCCUCAUAGAGGUAAUCUUUCGGCUGCUCGCUUGUUUCGUCGCACAUGGCACCAGAAAUGUCUGCCCCGGGGCACCAGCAGAGAAGGUACUCCCCCUGCAGGCCAAAAUUGCCGGCAGGGAUCUUAACGUGCCACUCGGGUUCCGUCGGAUUUUCACUCGUCAGCAGAGGCAACUGAAGGAAGCGACCGAGAGCGGGGUGAGUAUGGAUGAAGCUGCUAGAUAGCACACACGUACCGCAGGUCCUGGCGGGUCGCCACUCCAGAUGCUUGUGGUCCUGAAUGUUAUCACGCCCCCAUUGUUGCUCGGCCCACACUCACUGUUUUCGUCCGUCUUUCUAACGAGAAGCAGCUGAUCGCCUUGCUGAUAUAAAACGAAGUCACGACUAUCGUAAGUCGUCGGGAUCUUCAGGGCUGUGCCGACGGUCACUGUCUGAUCCAUCUUGCUGUUCGGAACCUUCGGGCCUUGACGAGAUACAAGGACAAAAGAUACACACAGACCAGUGCGGCUGUGGUGCACACACUCACUCACCGGCAAUGGCGAGCAUCGCCGCGGGAAACUUGAAGAGGCCGUCAGGCGGGGACUUGACAUCUGCAAUGAUGCCUAUCGGAUAUGUGGCGUACGGAAGCCAACACAGAAAGUGACCCGCCAGGGGAGACACUGAUACAGACCUACGACACGCACAGAUAAUUCAGGGGACAGAUGAAUUGCAUGCACAACGCUCAAUUGCCACCCUUACGUGGCAUCGAUCUCCACUGGCUGUUCCAAGAUGUUGUCAGUGGCUGCAAGAUCGCCCGUUGUAAAGGUCCAUGUGACCUUGUCGCCAGUCAUGUCUGCGCUGGCCUGAGCUGUGAAUCACAGACGAAUGCAGGUGCAGCACCCGCCUGUUUGCUUGACAUACCGCGAAAGUAAUCCCCCGCUGUUGGCAAUUCGAUUAGCGAGGACCUGAUACUGCAGUAGUCGGGAUCCGCUGCGUCAGAGAUGUACAGCUGUAGACGACCGAAAUACGUGCCAGGUGAGACAUUCACUGAAAGAGACGUGGAAGCUCUAUGGCCUGCACCUGGUCGACAUGCGUAGUAUCGUCCCCUCUGCUCACUCCACCAUUGGCCGUAUUAUGAACUACAUACACACACUCCGCGAAUGCAAAAGUGAUUUGCAGCCGAUCGAUUCAUUUCGACAUACAUGUGGUGACAUCGGUCAGCACGCUAUUGCCAGCAGCCGAUGUGGUGAUGUCGAAUGACAACCGGCACUUGUAGUGCGCCGCACAGUACACCACAUCGAAGGAUGGACUUCUCCGGAAGCCGGCUACUUGUACAGUCUUGCCCAAAUCAACAUUGUAGUUUUCCCUUAUUUGGCCACACGAGUUCCCGAGACACAUGCACAGCUUGUAAAAGCCGGGGAAAGGGAUCGCCAUCUGCGAAGGAGACAAGAAAAGAGUUCAGACAACAGAGGACAUACGCUUUUUAAGUGCAUCUAUCUCACUUGCUAUGUGAGAAAGACAUACUUCGUGGACGGUGCUGAAAUCUUCUGUAGGGGCGCUGCCAGCGACUUCAGUCGCCUGUCCGAGCACGCAAUAAUCGCCAUCGAUGGUACAAGUGGCGUAUCCUGCACGCAUGUAAGGGGGACCGACAUCAGAACGUCUGUUGCAUCUACCGCCCUGUCAUCAUGGCUGACCGAAAAUUGAGGAGGCCCCCUUUAUCUUGCCUUCGUAUCCCUUCAUCUCGCUCAGUGCGGGAGGCAGUCGUUUGUUGCCCUUUGCCCAUGGCGCAUCAUAGGCGAUAAGAGCGGGCCUCCGGUCGGUUGAGCUGCCCUCUGCUGGCGUGAGCGACAAAGCCCCCUGCUCGCAACUGCGUGCAUGGAUGACCAAAGAGCCUCGCAUUACAGCAACCACUAUUCUGCGGGCCUAAAUGCAUGCCUACGGACGUCUUGGACGCGUCAGCGAAGGUGAGGGCCAUUGUCGUUGUCCAGUUGUAGGUGCCUGUGUCCUUGUUCUCGAUUGACACAGAAAAGGGGGCACCUACAGAAUGCGGAACAGCCUAGUGACGACCGUGUGAGCGGCUUUCUGGCCCGAUGCUUUCCUGGGCUCGCUCUGUACCUGCGAUGAGUGACUUUUCAUCUUCGGAGACGGCGUUGCCAUCAAUCUUGUAUUCGCUCUUUAUGUGAAUCUCGCCGAUGGCACUCUCGUCCAUCUGUAGGUGACGCCUCUGACGACAGACAUCAACAGCAAACCAAUGGCAGCAAGCAUUCAUCGCGCCGUUUGUGUACCCUGAUCAUGGCGUUGCGACGACCCUUCUCGUGAAGACUGAGGAGACAGCAGACACAGUCGCAGAACCAGGACAUGAUCUAUUUCCAUAACCCCGGCUUGGCUGUUGUGUCCACCUGAGGUCAUGCUCUUGUCCUCCGCCGAGCGAAAGGCACAGAACCGCAACGGUGACCACCAGAGUUUGCCACAUCGCAUUCAGCGAUU